CUCCAAACCAAAUAGAGUUGCAUCAAAUGAAAUGAAGUGUGUUUUAGUCACAUUAAUGAGCAUUUUCCUUUGUGUGUUUGUCCAGAAGUCCCACAGCKACAUGUCUGGAAGGAGGAUGGGACUCCCACUGACCAGCAGCUCUGUAACCAGAAGAGUAACUCCAGUUUGGACCAGGACGAAUCAGAACCACCACAGAAAGAACCAGAAAGUGUGGAGAUGAAGGAGGAGCAGGAGACUGAUGCGUUUCUGGUAACUCCUGCUUGUAACGAAAGACACCUCUGGGAACUAGAACCAAACAGGAAGCAGCUCCUCUCUCAGAACUCUGCUGAAGCUGAGAACCAAGUUCAGGAAGGAAGCAGGACCGGAGAUCCAGGAUCCUGCAGAGAUGAAGAUCUGAGACUAAAUGAGACAAGUCCACAAGCCAGAGGUCUCAGUGAUGAUGUGGACCACCAAAACCAACUUGGAGAGCAAAAGAAACCUUUUCUGUGUUUGACCUGUGGGAAAACGUUUAGUGUGAAACAUAAUUUAUUUGUUCACAUGAGAACUCAUACAGGAGAGAAGCCCUUCUCAUGUCAGACCUGUGGGAAAAGUUUUAAUUACAAAAGUGUUUUGAUUACUCACACGAGGACUCACACAGGUGAGAAGCCCUUCUCGUGUCAGACCUGUGGGAAAAGUUUUAACAAAAAGAAUUAUUUAAUCAGACACAUGAGAACUCACUCCGGGGAAAAGCCCUUCUCGUGUCAGAGCUGUGGAAAAAGUUACAGCGAUGGGCAAAGCUUUAAGAGCCACAUGACAUCUCACACAGGCGAGAAGCCCUUCUCAUGCGAGACCUGCGGGAAAAGUUACAGCGAAAAGAAAAGUUUGAAAUAUCACAUGAGAAGUCACACGGGCGAGAGGCCGUUCUCUUGUCAGACCUGUGGGAAAGGUUUCAGCCAGAAGUUUGAUUUAAUCAGACACAUGAAAACUCACACAGGUGAGAAGCCUUUCUCCUGUCAGACCUGUGGAAAAAGUUUUAAUCAGAAGUUUGAUUUAAUCAGACACACGAGGACUCACACGGGUGAGAAGCCUUUCUCCUGUCAGACCUGUGGAAAAACCUACAGCGACAGAAAAAGUUUUAAAAACCACAUGACGACUCACUGACUGAAAGCCUUUUACAUGUCAACGAGUGGAAAACGUUACAGUAAAAAAACACCACAUGAGAACUCAGGUGAAAGACCUCUCACAUGUCAGACCUGAGGAGAGAGUUUUAAUCAAUAACURUUGUAAGUUUUUCAGACUUUCGGUUAGUUAAAACCAGUGGUGGGCACAAGCCCGCUAAAGCGCAAAUCCGCUAAUUGCGGACAUAAAUAUUUCGUUUGUGCUUUUGCYGACUUACUAAAUUUUAAAAUUCARAAGCGGAUUUGCGAUUUCUAAAAUUAAAAUGCAGUACUAGUGGUCAACUGGA